AAAAUAUCUUACUAAGUAAAAAUAUCUACCCCUUGUCACUUACACAAAUGAAAUAGCAGCGAAUGGCACCGAGAACAAAAGAAACAUAUGGUUGACCAAACUGUCUUCUUAUUCACAAGUUCUGAGCUUGGAGCUAGUAUCGUUGAUGCAUGAUUUGGUUAAAGAAAUCCCAAACAAAAACAAAGGAAAACAUGGCGUCUCCGCCAGGGGCAAGCUAUCCCACGGAUCACUGCGGUAAGUUAGCAAACGGCGGGAACUUUGAAUAUAUGUUUAUUUGACACUUUGUAAAUGUGUCUCUGUCCUACAAUGUCUAACUGUGACUUUGAGGUUUUUGACGUCCCAAACCGCCGGCGCUUAUGCAAUCAACACGAUUUUGAAUAGACUUUUAGAGACCGCGGCUUUUUGUCAGACAACUUCUAGCUGUUGACUUUGUCCCAAACCGCCGGCGCUUAGGCAAUCGACGUGAUUUUGAAUAGACUUUUAGAGACCGCGGCUUUUUGUCAGACAACUUCUAGCUGUUGACUUUGAAGUUUUUGACGUCCCAAACCGCCGGCGCUAAGGCAAUCAACGUGAUUUUGAAUAGAGACCGCGGCUUUUUGUUAGACAACAUGUUGGGCUAUAAAACAGAUAUGUUAUGGCAAACCAGUCUAGUUGUCAUCCAGUUUACACCCGAGAGCGGCAGUCAUGGUUACUUGUGUAGUAUGCAGGAAAGCGGUUCGUCGGAGACAGGAGGCACUACAGUGUGAUUGCGAGAAGUGGCAGCAUCGUGCUUGUCAGACAGGUAUCUCCAGAGAGAGCUACCGACGCAUGAAUCGAGGGGAGGCCAAUGAAGAGCUGGCGGCUUGGAGGUGCAACGACUGUUCUCAGCUUCAGCCCGAAGAUGACGACAUGUACAGUCAGUCUGAGUCCGAGCCCGAAGAUGACGACAUGUACAGUCAGUCUGAGUCCGAAGAUGAAGAGGACGUAAACGGUCUGUCAGACUUCAGUCACGGAACUGUGUCUGAUGUCGAAGACGUUCAGGAGCUACCACAGCGGCAUCCUGACGACGUGACAUUCGACGAAGACCCGUACGUCAACGACAACCCGGCUACUACCUUCACCUUGAUCCCCGCAUCCACGCAAAGGGGCAAGGGCAAGCUGAUUAGCAGUGAUGGGUAUACCUACACGUUCAAGAGGGAUACCCAGACCAGCGUGCACUGGCGAUGCGCCGUGAGAAACAAAACCACCGACUGUCCUGCAACCGUGAUACAGAAAGGAGAUGUGUUCGAACCGGGCCUGCCGGAUCACAUACAUCCAGCCAAUCAGGACGCAGAACUCCGUGCUAGAAUCACUGUAGACAUCAGAACGAAGGCCCCACAACAGAUCUUCGAACCGGCAUCGAACCUCGUGGACGAGGUGAUUGUAGCCAACGCAGACAACCCAGGUCUACCGAGCCAUGCAGCCCUCAUCCGACAAGUCAAUCGGGCCAAGUCCAAGCUUCGACCGGACGAACCUCAAGAUUUGGACUUCGAACUUGACAUCGGGCACAUCCCAGAGGACUUCCUGGUUGAGGACAUCGAGGUGACGUCACCGAGAACGGGAGCUAAGAACAGGCACAUCCUCCUCGCUACCCCGUACCAGAUUGAGCGCCUCGCAGAAGCCAAACGUUGGUAUGUGGACUCUACGUUUAAGGUUGUACGUGCUCCUUUCUAUCAGUUAUUCUCAGUGCACGCGUUCAUCAGGCGCGGAGAAGACGUCAAACAAGUACCCCUCGCCUUCGCCUUCAUGUCCGGCAAGCGCAGGAAGGACUACGAAGCCGUACUCCAGGAACUGCGAAACGCACUGCCGGAUGAGAUCGAACUAGAGGAGUGCGUGAUGGACUUUGAGGUAGCAGCAUGGCAGGCGUUUGCACUUGUGUUUCCUGAUGUACGGUUCAAGGGGUGUGUGUUUCACUGGUGUCAGGCGGUAUGGAAGAAAGUGCAGGAGCAUGGGCUGCAGACGGCGUACCGGAGGGACCAGCGCGUCCAUGCCUGGGUUAGACAACUCAUGGCACUCCCCUUCUUGCCAGCCGCCAGCAUUCCCGCAGCACUGGAAGAACUGACGAGGAAAUCAGCAGGAGAGCUGACCAGCCUGGCUGAAUACGUGAGGCAGACCUGGCUCAACAGUACCAUCUUCACUCCACGUCGCUGGAGCGUCUACAUGCAGUCUGUGCGAACGAACAACGAUGUAGAAGGGUGGCAUAGAAGGCUCAACAUGAAGGCAAGGAAGGCCAAGCUACCCUUCUAUCUGCUGGUGGACCUGCUGCACAGGGAGAGCCUCAUCGUGAAAGCCCAGGUCCGCAUGGUGUGCGAGGGGCGCCUCCGCAGUCAUCAGAGGCAGAAAUACAAGAAUCUCCAGGGCAAGAUCUUCACAGCAUGGGAGCGGUUCGACGACGACUUCUACACGGCAAGGGAGCUGCUCGAGGUGUGUGCCCGAAUCUAUGGCCCGACCAUCCGCCACAUCCGCCUGACCUCCGACGACCGUCAGUAAGUCACACUUGUUAGCACAAUCAGCACGAGACAACACUAUUUAACACUGUAGAAAACACUAUUCAACGCAUUCAAAGUUCCCGCCCAAGUUUCGUGAAAGGAAAAAAUAUAUUCAAAAUUCCCGCCGUUUCCUAACUUCGUUAGUUCCCGCCGUUUCGCAGUGGUUCAUGGGAUAGCUUGCCCCCAUCGGAGACGCCAUGUUUUCCUUUGUUUAUGUUUGUGAUUCCUGGCUCAACUUGUACGUGUAUAUACUUUAGAUAGUUUGCCCAAUCGCUUCAUGUGUUCAUUACUAUAAUUUUGGUAGCCUUUGCCGUUAACUAAUCUCGCUUUGUAGAGUAGUAUUUGCCGUCAACUAAGCUUAUAAGCUCGAAAUACUUUGUACAGUAGAUAUUUUUGCCGACCGCAUGCGACGAUGUGUACGAAGACAGGAAAUAUGUGAAUGUAAAAAUGGUUCAACUUGUACGUGUAUAUACUUAGAUAGUUUGCCCAAUAGUUUCAUGUGUUCAUUACUAUAAUUUUGGUAGUCUUUGCCGUUAACUAAUCUCGCUUUGUAGAGUAGUAUUUGCCGUUAACUAAGCUUAUAAGCUCGAAAUACUUUGUAGAUAUUUUUGCCGACCGCAUGCGACGAUGUAUACGAAGACAGCGAAAUAAUAUGUGAAUGUAAAAAUGGCUCAACUUGUACGUGUAUAUACUUAGUUUGCCCAAUAGUGUGUUCAUCAGUAUGAUUUUGGUACUCUUUGCCGUUUAAACUAAGAUCGCUUUGUAGAGUAGUAUUUGCCGUUAACUAAGCUCGAAAUACUUAGUAGAUAUUUUUGCCGACCGGCUCACACCGUCUUUUUUGACGUUGUCGAGUUAGGAGUAGCACCAGUUCUACUCGUUACCUGUGGAAAAAAAAACACAGUUGGAUUAAAUUGAACACAACCGAUGAUUAAAGCUCGAUGUAUAUCGAAAAUUA